AUGGCUGAGCAGCUGGUUCUUCGCGGCACCCUUGAGGGCCACAAUGGCUGGGUUACUUCCCUCGCCACCUCCCUGGAGAACCCCAACAUGCUGCUGUCCGCUUCCCGCGACAAGACCCUGAUCAUCUGGAACCUCACCCGUGAUGAGCAGGCCUACGGUUACCCCAAGCGCAGCCUCGAGGGUCACUCGCACAUCGUCUCUGACUGUGUGAUCUCCUCCGAUGGUGCCUACGCUCUGUCCGCUUCGUGGGAUAAGUCUCUCCGUCUCUGGGAGCUGUCCACCGGUAACACCACCCGCACUUUCGUCGGCCACACCAACGAUGUUCUGUCCGUCUCGUUCUCCGCCGACAACCGUCAGAUCGUCUCCGGUUCCCGUGAUCGCUCCAUCAAGUUGUGGAACACCCUUGGUGACUGCAAGUUCACCAUCACCGAGAAGGGCCACACCGAGUGGGUUUCCUGCGUUCGCUUCAGCCCCAACCCCCAGAACCCCGUCAUUGUCUCCGCUGGCUGGGACAAGCUCGUCAAGGUUUGGGAGCUCGCUUCUUGCCGUCUCCAGACCGACCACAUCGGUCACACCGGAUACAUCAACACUGUCACUAUCUCCCCCGACGGAUCCCUCUGCGCCUCCGGUGGCAAGGACGGUACCACCAUGCUCUGGGAUCUUAACGAGUCCAAGCACCUCUACUCCCUCUCCGCUGGCGAUGAGAUCCACGCUCUCGUCUUCUCCCCCAACCGCUACUGGCUGUGCGCUGCCACCAGCAGCUCCAUCACCAUCUUCGACCUCGAGAAGAAGAGCAAGGUUGAUGAGCUCAAGCCCGAGUUCGUUGAGAAGGGCAAGAAGAGCCGUGACCCCGAGUGCAUCAGCUUGGCCUGGUCCGCUGACGGCCAGACCCUGUUCGCCGGUUACACCGACAACAAGAUCCGUGCCUGGGGUGUUAUGUCGCGCGCAUAG